AUUAGUACAGCAACUUUUUCUCCUACACAGCAGACUCGGAUGCGAAGCAGUCAUAAAGGGUCACGACAAUGGACCCGCAUUCAAGACACUCCCAGUUCAAUCAAAGAACUCCCAAAACUGGGCCAUUUUCACCUUCUAUGCGAUUCGAGCAAACUCAAAAAGUUACCCUAGACAAGUACACCAAAGCAUCCUCUUCAUCUAUGCCAUCGGACUCGUCACUGUUCACCUCUCGCCCUAUCGCGACAAACUCGCGGGUGAAGCAGGAUGAAAAGUUCAAGAAGGAUAUGUUUCUCGCAUAUGUGAACAAAGCCCUCCUCGAGAAGCUCAAUGGCCAUAGCAAGGACUUUGAUGAUCUUGUUGACCAGUUUAGCCCGAAUAAAUCCACGCUUGCGCCUACCGUGCCAUCCACGCAGCUUCGUAUUUGGCUCUCCGCACUCUCGCACGUCCUUUCUCGCCUCGAGAGACGUCACGCGCCACUCGUAGAGGCAAUCGUCCGCCUACCAUGGUCUACCAUGGAUGCUGCAUUCGUCAAAUCGUAUAUCGUAUUUAUCGGCAUGCUCAUUAGCGCGCGUCCAGAAUAUCUGUCGCUUGUUCUCAACAGGAUAGCGAUGGGUUUCACAUAUCAAUCUGGUCUUCUCGCCGUUUCUUCUAAUUUAGAAGGCUCCACCCCUUUAACGAGACGUGUGAUCUACGAUCGACAACAUGCUCUUCUCGAGCAUCUCUUUAACCUCAUACCAACUCUCCCAUCAUCCCUGGCUCCUCUCCUCGUACGAAACUUUCCCCACAAACGACAGCCACAAGCUUCACAUGUAGCUUAUAUACGAAAUUUGCUGCGUAUGACCGAGUAUUGUGGCGAACUUUCAGAGAGGGUCCUGGGUCUGAUCGUAGAUCGGGCUUUGAUGGUCGAUGUGGAGAUUCAGGUAGAGCUCGAAGAGCUUGAAGACUCCGAGCCUACGGACAGCGAACUUUUUGAAUUUGAUCCAUUUGAUACCAUCGUCGGGCAAGAGGGCGACUCUUCCGACGACGAAGAGGAUCUUGACGAUAGUCUGAGCGACCUAUCAUCCGAUGCAUCAUCAGACGGCGAUGCUAAAGAUGCGCCCACAGACACCAAACACAUUCAUGACAUGGUCUCGAAACUUGAUGCAAUUCUCAGGCUCGUAUUUGACCAUUUUAACAAAUUGCAUUCGUCCAUUCCUACCGUCCUCUUACCUUCUUCUUCCUAUACACCAAACGCGCACGAUCGUGACUCGCAGUCGCAUGAACGCGAGCCACAUACCCUCCUUGCAACUCAGUUUCACACUCUCCUAGCCAUCUUCGACAGGUCUAUCCUUCGCACUUUCAAGUCCCGAUAUACUCAGUUCCUCCUCUUCUGGUACGCUUCCCUUGAUCCCGAGUUCUCCGAUCUUUUUCUGGGACUACUCGUGGACAAGGCCCUCUUUGCAAGCGCCAGUGCAAAUGGCGUGGAGCGUGUUGCAGCGAGUAGUUAUAUCGGAAGCUUUGUCUCUCGCGCACAGUUUAUUGAUCGUGAAGGUGCACAGAGAGCAGUUAAAGUCCUAUGCGCAUUCCUUGCAGCACACCUAGAUGCGGUUGAGGUUGGGAAUGCCUCUAGCAGCAAUCACAGCGUUUUCUAUGCGAUUGUUCAGUCUGUCUUCCUGAUAUUCUGCUUCCGUUGGCGUGACUUGCAAGAGGAUCCAGAUGAACAUGAGGUCGGGCGGAAGAUAUGGAUAAGCGAGCUGGGAGUCUUGCAGAGAGUUAUCACAUCUGACCUCAACCCUCUCAAGGUCUGCUCUCAAAACGUCGUGCAUCAAUUUGCGCGGAUCGCGCAAGCCACUGAUUUCGCAUACUGCUUCUCCAUUCUGGAGGCGAACAAGCGAGCACCGUACCCCAUGUUUGCUGGUGUAGUGCCCGGUAGCCCUGGCCCAGAGGACCUGCAUACCUUUUUCCCUUUCGAUCCUUACAAGCUACCGCGCUCGGGCGAGUACAUACAAGGCGUGUACCGAGAGUGGGCAGCGGUGGCUAUUGGCGAUGAUGAAGAUGAAGACGAGGAUGAAGACGACCUGAUAGAGGAUGGCCCAAUAGCUGGUGACUGGGAGCAGGGACGAGACGGCUUGACUAUACCCACCACUGCCUCAAAACGCGGAGAGUCAGAUGUCGAUGGAGGAUUGGAUGCGUCCUUUGGUGGAAUGAGCAUCAGCCCGGCUCAUAGAAGGACAAGGCCGGUGGCGAUGGCGAUGGCGAUUUCUGUCUCAUGAUUGCUGGUUGCCAUCCUCGAUCAGCACACGACCAUCAUCUACCCACUGCUCAUGCCUCCCAGAACAGCAAAUUAUGCUAUUACGAACACCCACGAUAAGAAAUCA